AGUGCAGCGUGUAAGCAUUCAAGCACCCAUAUUAUUCUAGCCAGUAGCCAGCCAGCAUAUCGCAACUUGUGUUGCAUGCCUUCUUUGUUAAUAUAGAUUGCCAUUACCACAUUCUCAUGUCUUUUUUUAUAUAACAUCUAAGCAUCAGAAACGCAUCCCGUAAUAGCAAAGUUUUGUCUUCUGGGGAAUCUUAGCUUUUAUCUUUUUGAUUGACGUUCACACGCCAAACCUGUUGCUCCUGAUCUUCCUGAUCUGACAGACCAUUACUAAAGCCAGAGGAAGCCGAAGAAGAAGAGGAGGAAGCAGCAGCUUUGAGACGACAGAAAAUGGUCAAGGAUAGGAAAGUAGGUGUGGCCAUGGACUUCUCAAAGAGCAGCAAGCACGCUCUGCAAUGGGCAAUAGAUAAUUUGGCCGACAAAGGAGAUACCCUUUUCAUCAUCCACAUCAACCCCAACUCUGUCGAUGAGUCUCGUCACCAGCUUUGGGGAAAAUCUGGCUCUCCUCUUAUUCCUUUGACUGAGUUCAGAGAGCCCGAGAUUAUGAAGAAGUAUGAUGUUCAGACUGAUAUGGAAGUUCUUGACACGCUUGACACUGCAGCGAGACAGAAAGAGGUAAACAUUGUUACAAAACUGUACUGGGGAGAUGCGAGGGAGAAACUUGUAGAAGCUGUUGAAGAUCUGAAGCUGGAUUCUUUGGUAAUGGGAAGCAGGGGGCUUAGUACCAUCCGAAGGAUUCUGGUGGGAAGUGUGAGCAACUAUGUUAUAACGCAUGCUACUUGCCCUGUCACCAUCGUCAAGGAUUCAAGCUCUGCCUAGCCUUCAUCAUUUCAGUCAUUUGGAUUUUGGUUUUAAGUGCUCUGUUAUUACCUAUUUACCGUACCAUUUACAGUGCUCCUUUUCUAUGUUUUCCUGAAUUAAGUUGUUUUGUGCUUAAUUACAGUCAAUUACGAAGUAUAAAGUCUUUUGUUUUCUUAACAAAAACGUUAAUGCCUUUGGUAAUUGGGAUAUUUUAGGGAA